AUGAUUCCUCGCACAGCUUCCCGAGCUCUGCUCGCCUCUGUGCGCCCAUCCAUCCGCACAGCUCCCACCUCAUCUAUGCUUUCCCGAGCUGGUGCCCUUCGGCCCUCCGUCUCCCAGUUCACGCGCUCCUUCCAGUCCACCCCGGCCAUUCGCAAGGGAAUUCACCCAGAGUCAGCAAACCCUCCAGCUCCGAAUCCCCAAUCUACUCCCGUUGCUGGAGCUGCGGGUCAUAUCACCGAACCGUCGCCAUUGACUCCGGAGGAGUACUACGAAUACUCUGAGCACUAUUUCAAUGUGUUGCUAGCUCAGCUGGAGACAGCACAGGAAGAGGGUGCCGAUAUUGAAGCGGAGUAUAGUGCUGGAGUACUUAACAUUGGCGUCUCUGCAAUUGGCACCUACGUCCUCAACAAGCAACCACCCAACAAGCAGAUCUGGCUCAGCUCGCCCAUCUCGGGACCAAAGCGGUUCGACUGGAUUGUCGAAGGCGACUACAUGCACGAGAAGCAGGACUCACGACCUUUUGUCAAUGGGCAGUGGAUCUAUCUGCGCGAUGGUACUAAUUUGACCGAUCUGUUGAACUCGGAGUUGACCUUGCGUUUGCCCAAGGAUAUUUACAGCGAGAUCGUUGAGUAA